CCCCCGGCUACAACCAUGUUUCGCAGGAAGCGCAGCGUCUCCUUUGGGGGCUUUGGAUGGAUCGACAAGACCAUGCUGACGAGCCUAAAGGUCAAGAAGCAGGAGCUGGCCAACAGCUCGGAUGUGACCUUCCCAGACCGGCCGCUGUCCCCUCCUCUGACAGCACCUCCCACCAUGAAGUCGGCGGAGUUCUUCGAGAUGCUGGAGAAAAUGCAGGGGAUCAAGCUUGAAGAGCAGAAGCCGGGCCCCCAGAAGAAUAAGGAUGACUACAUCCCGUACCCCAGCAUUGAUGAGGUUGUGGAGAAGGGAGGCCCGUACCCCUUGAUUGUCCUGCCCCAGUUUGGGGGCUAUUGGAUCGAGGACCCAGAGAACGUGGGGACGCCGACCUCCCUUGGCAGCAGCAUCUGUGAGGAGGAGGAAGAGGACAGUCUCAGCCCCAGCACAUUUGGCUAUAAGCUCGAGUGCAAGGGUGAAGCCAGGGCCUACCGCAGGCACUUCCUGGGGAAGGAUCACCUAAACUUUUACUGUACUGGCAGCAGUUUGGGGAACUUGCUCCUGUCCAUCAAGUGUGAGGAGGCGGAGGGCAUCGAGUACCUUCGGGUCAUUCUCAGGUCCAAAGUGAAGACAGUGCAUGAAAGGAUCCCCUUGGCUGGAUUGAACAAGUUGCCCAGCGUCCCUCAGAUUGCAAAGGCUUUCUGUGAUGACGCUGUGGGGCUGAAAUUCAACCCUAUCCUAUACCCCAAGGCCUCCCAAAUGAUUGUGUCCUAUGAUGAGCACGAUGUCAACAACACGUUCAAAUUUGGGGUUAUUUAUCAAAAAGCCAGGCAGACCCUGGAGGAAGAGCUGUUUGGAAACAAUGAGGAGAGUCCAGCUUUCAAGGAGUUCUUGGACCUUUUGGGGGACACGAUCACACUGCAGGAUUUCAAAGGUUUUCGCGGAGGCCUGGAUGUGACCCACGGACAGACGGGGGUGGAAUCCGUGUACACGAUAUUCCGGGACAGAGAGAUCAUGUUUCACGUCUCCACAAAGCUGCCGUUUACCGAGGGAGACGCCCAGCAGCUCCAGAGAAAGAGACACAUUGGGAAUGACAUUGUGGCCAUCAUCUUCCAAGAAGAAAACACACCGUUUGUCCCAGAUAUGAUUGCCUCCAACUUCUUACACGCCUACAUUGUCGUGCAGGCUGAGAACCCGGGCACGGAGACCCCUUCCUACAAGGUCUCAGUCACGGCCCGGGAAGAUGUGCCUGUCUUUGGCCCCCCUCUGCCUAGCCCUCCUGUUUUCCAGAAGGGCCCGGAGUUCAGGGAGUUUCUGCUCACCAAGCUCACCAACGCAGAGAAUGCUUGCUGCAAGUCAGACAAGUUUGCGAAGCUGGAGGACAGGACGAGGGCCGCCCUGCUGGACAACCUCCAUGAUGAGCUUCACAGCCACACUCAGGCUAUGCUGGGACUGGGCCCAGAAGAGGACAAGUUUGAGAAUGGGGGCCAUGGGGGAUUCCUGGAGUCUUUCAAGAGGGCCAUCCGUGUGCGCAGCCACUCCAUGGAGACCAUGGUGAGCAGCCAGAAAAAGCAGCACAGCGGGGGCAUCCCUGGCAGCCUCAGUGGGGGCAUCUCGCACAACAGCAUGGAGGUCACCAAGACUACCUUCUCGCCUCCGGCGGCGGCAGCAGCAGCAGUGGCGGCGAAGAACCAGUCACGGAGCCCCAUCAAGCGGCGGUCAGGGCUCUUUCCCCGGCUGCACACAGGCUCUGAAGGCCAAGGCGAUGGCCGGACACGAUGUGACAGUGCAUCCAGCAACCCCAAGACCCCAGAUGGUGCACACUCUUCUCAGGAGAUGAAGUCUGAGGCUUCAUCCAACCCCAGUUCUCCGGAAAUCUGCCCCAACAAGGAGAAGCCCUUCAUAAAGUUGAAGGAGAAUGGCCGAGCCAACAUCUCCCGCUCAUCCUCCAGCACCAGCAGCUUCAGCAGCACAGCAGGGGAGGGGGAGGCCAUGGAGGAGUGUGACAGUGGGAGCAGCCAGCCGUCCACCACCUCGCCCUUCAAGCAGGAGGUGUUUGUCUACAGCCCGUCCCCAAGCAGCGAGAACCCCAGCCUGGGGGCCGCAGCCACCCCCAUCAUCAUGAGCCGGAGUCCUACAGAUCCCAAAAGCAGAAACUCCCCGAGGUCAAACCUGAAAUUCCGCUUUGAUAAGCUCAGCCACGCCAGCUCUAGUGCGGGUCACUAAUGUGAAAGAGGAGUCCUUCGCUUGUCAAAGGGAAGCCCUGAUUCUGUCUUGGAGAAGGCCCUUUCCCAGCAGUUUGGGGGUGCCAUCCACG